AUGGGCGCUGUGUGCUGCAUCCAGGAAGAUGUGGACAGUCCAGGGACGUCCUCCAAGAUUGAGCUCGACGAAAAGCAGAGCUCGGCGCCUGUGACCGCCGCAGGGUCGGCAGCAGGUAUGGUAGACCAGCUGCGAGGUCAUUGGACACGAAAGGAGGAUAAUAUGUCGCUGGGUACCAUCUCGGGCAACAACAUGGUGUGGGAAACCGUCUACAAACAUAUGCCCAGUCCCAUUUGGGAGGUGCAUGGAGACCGGGUGAAGAUGAACUUAGCCGGUGAGGAGCAUUUCGGCAAAGUCACGCUGAGUGGUACUGCCACUAUCACCUGGGAGGAUGGCGAGGUGUGGGUCCGGAAGUGA